AUGCGUUCAUCCUUUGCUAUCCUCGCCAUGGCCGUCUCGGCCGUCUCGGCCCAGUCUGUCAAGACAUACAAGGACUCUCUCGACAUGACCAUUGACCCCAACUCUGUCGAGCUCACCACCAGAUCUAGUUGGUGCGGAGCCCAGCAAAACACUUGCGAUACUCUCUGCUCGGACAACACCGACAAGAACAACUGUAACGACGAUACCCUCAACUGGGAAUGCACAUGCUCCUCCAACAGCUCGGCUCCCGGUCUCCAGUACUACACCCAGACCAUGCCCACCUUUAUCUGUGAAAACCUCUUUGCGCAAUGCAUUUCGCAAACCAACACUCAAAGCGGAAGCGAAGAAUGCAAGAAGAAGAUCCAGUCCAAGUGCGCUGAGCAGAGCCCCCCUAAGAACCUUGCUAGCGACGACGACGAUACCAGCUCCAGUGCCACCGACACUGCUACUGCUACUGCCUCAGCCACCAAGACCUCAUCGGACGCUAGUGGCACCGCAGCGGCUGUGUCCACGACAAGUUCUGAUGCCUUUGCUGCCCCUACCAUGGCGCCGGCGGGCAAGGGUGCCGCUGCUGCCGUUGCUCUCGGCAUGUUGGCCUACCUCAUCUAA